AUGUCGAAUACAAACAGCGAUGAACACAGCCACGUGAGAUCAUCAAUCAUGGAAUGGAAACAAAUGCACCCUCUUCAUCAAAUAGCCGAAACACCAACCCACAAACUCCUCUUAAAGCAAUGGCUCAAAGAAGAAGAACUCAUCAACGGUCGCAUAGCUUUAAAAGAAACCCAAAUAGAUUCAAUCCGAAAAGAGAUCACAAUGGUCUACAUCUUCUUCUUCCUCUUCCAUUCAACCACUCUCAUGCUUCUCUUCAACUCUUCAUCUUCAACAACAACACCUAACAAACCUUGUCACAAAUCUUGGGUUCCGUCGCUAUGUUCUUUGUUGUUUUCUUUGGGGUUUAUUUGGGCUUUAAGGUAUAAGAGUGACGUGGAGGGUCAUAUGGAGAAGAUGCUUUGUAGGGAGAAAGAGGAUAGAGGGUUGUUAAGGAAAUGUUCGGAGGAGUUGAAGAAGAAAGGUUUGGAAUUUGAUUUGUUGAAGGAAGUUGAUGCUUUGAGGAGAGCUAAGAGUUUGAGAGUUGAAAGUAAAGAGGUUAGGAAAUGGUCUUCGAGGGAUUUUGUUUCUUUGUUUUUCUUUUCAAUGGCUUGUUUGUCUCUUGCUGUCAUUAGGGUUAUUUUAUGUAGUUAG